CUUCUUUACAAUACAGCUGUAUCUAGUAUAACUAUAGACUAAAUCCAGAAAUCUAGGAGGUUUUAAUUUUUUGGAACUCACAAUAUUUCCAUACUGCCAUAAGAAGCCAUGAAUCUAACAACUGAACCGUCAUCAAUUGAAGAUGAUUUCAACUAUGGAACAAAUGUCAAACAGGCAACCAUGGGUGUCAGGCUUGGAUUCCUCAGAAAAGUCUACUGCAUCUUGACUGCUCAACUAGCAAUAACAACUGUGAUGUGUGCACUAUUCAUCAGUGUGGAUACGUUGAAAAAUUUUGCUCAGAACAGUCAACCUGUUCUCAUUGUGACAAUGGUUUUAUCAAUUGGAUUGAUAUUUGCAUUACUUUUGAAAAGACAUGAACAUCCUACAAAUAUGUAUCUACUACUUGCAUUUACACUUGUCGAAUCCUAUACUGUUGCUACAUAUGUCACCUUUUUCAAAGUGGAAAUUGUUCUACAAGCAUUCAUCCUUACCCUGUCAGUUUUCUGCAUUCUCACAUCUUAUACUUUACAAAGCAAGAGGGAUUAUUCAUCUUGGGGAGCUGCUCUCUUUGUUGGUUUAUGGGUUCUGGUUGGCACUGGAAUUUUGCAAAUUUUCUUUCACAAUGACACCUUCGAAAUGUUUUGUGCAAGUGCUGGCGCCUUAUUGUUCUGCAUGUUCAUCAUUUACGAUACUCAUCUUAUCAUGAAACGUCUUUCUCCUGAGGAAUACAUUGUUGCAUCAAUCAAUCUAUAUCUUGAUGUCAUCAACUUAUUCAUGGAAACGCUCCGCAUUCUCAGCAAAAUGAACAAUAAAUAGGUCUUGAGUUAGGUUUUGUUCUCAAUAUUCGGUGAUUAUGCAUAAAUCAUACUGUUGUUAUUGAAUAGUUUGGACUUGCAGAGUUUUUCUUUAUCUGUUACUUAAAUGUUAAAUCUUGCUUAUGAUACUCAGGUCAGUAAAACUUGGUAAACUAUGUUUUCUCAAGAAUAUUGUUGUAUCUAGUAUCAGAAACAUAUGAAAUUUAUUAUAGUCCUAUGCUUAUUGGCGAUAUUGCUUGUUAUGUUAGCAUAGGUCAAGCCUGUCAAGAUAUAUUAUGCCAUACUGUGAAUGUAUGAUGACGAACUUUUUUUAAUUAAUGUCCACUCUACUGCUUUAUUUAGAUGCUUGUAUAUUGCAUUAGUCUAUGGUGAUUUUAUUCAAGUACAAGCUACUUAUAAUGCAGCUGCAAAUUCCCAUACUAUGAGAGUUUAGUUUCUGAUGAUUUUAGCACCUCAGGCGCUUAUGACGUUUUUGUUAAAGUUAUCUUCUUAGUUUGGAUGGAAUCAUUCUCACUUAUUCAAUUUUUGAAACAUAUUUUAUCAAUUUCAUGAAAAGAAAAGUGCACAUUGUUUUUUGCUGAUUUUGUAUUUCUUUGGGCACUUUGAAUCAUUUUCAGAUAAGGAAUUUGUAGUCAAUUUGCCACCAUGAAUAUCGUUAAUUAACAGUGCAAUAAAACCGGUUUUUCAAGUAAAAUUAAUUUUCUCUAAGAUUAAUCUAUUUUUUCAGAGAAUGUUAUUAGCUUCGUUUUUGUUUGUAGGUAAUAUAGAGUAAAAUUUCAACUUAUGUUGUGUCUUGACAACAAAUAUGGUUUUUGUCAUGUAUUCAUUAUCGUUGGAAUAUCGAUCACAAACACAUUUUUUUUUGGUUUUGCAUACUGUAUGAGUGUAAUCCAAUGUUUUCCUAGUGCACCGCUUGUUUACGCCAUCCUUUUGUAUUUGCUGAAUAGAGUCAAUACUAUGAGAUUAUUUGAAGCUUGUCCUUAUUAAUAGUUUACAUGCCAUAGUUUAUGUAGGGAUGCCUUUUAUUGAUGAUUGAAUAAGUGACAGUCACCACAGUCUGUUUCUGCGGUUACACGUUUGUUUUAAAAUCAUAGGUUUUAUGGAUGUAUAUAUAUGUAAAUCGGUUGAAUUUUAUGUGUGACACAUAGAAUCGACCAGAUUGUUUGAAUAUAUAAUGAUUAUAAUAA